AUGUCUGAGAAUCUGAUCAUUGCCUUGGAGCCGGAGGCUGCAUCACUGUGGUGCAAACAGCUUCCACAGGAAGGGUUUAUGGCAGAUGACAGUGACAAGAAGAAGUUUGAAAACUCCCCUGGGAUCCAGUAUGUUGUCGUUGACUGUGGAGGUGGCACAAUAGACAUCAUGGUACAUGAGAUCCAAGAAAACCGUUUACUGAAGGAGUUACACAAGGCAACGGGAGGUGGAUGGGGAGGCAACAGUGUGGAUGAAAACUUCACUCUUUGCCUCAAGAAAAUAUUUAAUGAUGGAGUAUGGGAUGAAUAUGUACAGAGCCACCCUUCCGAAUUACGGCAUAUGAUGUACAACUUUAGUAUACAGAAAUGCUUGACUGGCAGGGACGCCAUCUACAUACAUUGCUACCACAACUUGACCAGAGUGGCAGAGCACAAGAAGGACAUCUCUCACUUCUUCAAAAAUGAAGAAGGAGCUGUGUGGUGUGAUGGGAUGAUCAUGAUUACCUAUAAGAAAAUGAAAAGCUUUUUUGACCACCAUAUCAAAAAUAUCACGAGGGAGAUUCUUGACAAGCCUAAAAUGGCCAAGGUUAAGUACAUUUUGCUUGUGUGAGGCUUUGCGUCUAGUAUUAUCUUGAGAGAUGCAAUCAGGCAGGCCUUUAGCAAGAAGUAUCAUAUCCUUUGUCCAAUGGAAGUCCAAGUGGCCAUUGCAAAAGGGGCUGUUUUAUUUGGAGUCAGUCCACACGUUAUUGCCUCAAGAGUCAGCGCUUGGACAUAUGGCAUAGCAGUAAGUGAGAAAUUUGAUGCUUCUAUCCAUCCCUUCUGUAAACAAAGGGUUUCAAAAGCUGAUGGCUUUGUUUAUUGCACGGAUCUCUUCAAGAAAUUGGUGGGAAUUGAAGAGGCAGUGAACAUAAAUGAAGGUGUGCACUAUGAUUUCUAUCCAACAGAACCAGAUCAAACAGAAGUAUGCUUUUCUUUCUAUUGUACAGAAAAGCAGGAUGCUCAGUACAUAGAUGAGGAAGGGUUGGAAAAGCUUGGCUCCGGUACAGUGCCAAUGCCAGACACAAAGCUGGGGAGGAAACGCCAGCUGAAGCUGGAUAUUAAAUUUGGGCUCACUGAAUUUAAAGCCACAUGUACUGAUGUUAUUUCCAAACAAAGUUGGGCAAUUAUGAUAAAUUUUUUAGCUAUGUAA